CUGCUGACAAUAAGUACUUUCAGAGCAUGUUUUAGCCCACAAAGAUGAAUAAAAUUAUUGUGAUCCUAUCAAUAGUAUGGUUGAGCAGUGCUCACUUUAACCAAGAACUUAUAGCUCGAAAAAAUGGAAAAAAAGAAGAUGUUUCGUUGUACACCAUUGAAGGAGUUAUCCUGACGGCCAAUAGAAAUCUAAAUGUGCCAAAAACAUGGCUGCGUGAUAUAACACUGUCGAUCGACAACGGAGAGAUCAAGGGAUUCGUGCGAUUGGACGGACGCUUUCUGAUAUCUGGAGUGCAAAACGGUAGUCACAUCCUGCAAAUCGAACACCCGGACAUAUACUUCCAGCCAGUGAAGGUGGAAAUAACCGGGAAGGGAAAAUACCGGGCCCGCAAGGUUAACUACAUCCAGCCGUCGAUCAUCAACCAAGUGCCGUAUCCACUGCGUCUUCAGCCCCUCGUCCGUCGAAAGUAUUUCAGAAAUCGGGAGCAGUGGCGCAUUAUCGACGUCAUUCUGAACCCCAUGGUUCUGGUCAUGGUGUUGCCGCUCCUACUUAUGCUGCUUGUUCCCAAGAUUAUCAAAGAUCCGGAGGCCAAGAAAGAGCUCGAUAGCAUACAGUUUCCAAAAAUCAACGACAUGCCGGAUCUCAGCGACAUGCUAUCCUCUUUCCUUUCGGGCAAAAAGCGCAUGGAGUCGGAAGAAAAGGAAAUCGCAGAGAACACUUCCAAAAAGAAACAUCCCAAAUAAUUUUCUUAAACUGAACUAACGCUAUUGACCUUUAGUAUUCCGUUUCCCCAUUAAUUAAAGAAUGGCAUCUUGGUAAUUCCAUAAAAA